AUGGCCGGAGGACGGGGGGUCCCGCUGGCCCUGCUAGCCCUGCUGGCCCUGCAGGUCACGGGGGCUGUGAAGGCGAGGAACGUGAUGCUCCAGGUUGACCUAUACCAGCGGGCAGAGACGCUGCAGCAGGAGGGCGGGCAGUACGUGUUCAGCUUCGAUGGGGACGAGAUGUUCCACGUGGAUCUGCAGAAGAUGGAGACCGUGUGGCGCCUCCCGGAGUUCGGGCAAUUCACCAGCUUCAAGGCCAAGGCGGCCGUGCAGCACUUGGCCGCAGAAAAGCAGCACAUGGAGCUCCUCAUGCUGAGAGCCAACCACUCCCAGGGGACGAUGGAGCCACCUGAGGUCAUGGUGUUCACCAAACGACGCAUGAACCUGGGCGACCCCAAUGUUCUCAUCUGCUACGUGGACAAGUUCUGGCCAUCUGUCAUCAACAUCACAUGGCUGAAGAACGGGCAGGAGGUGGUGGACGGCAUCUUCGAGACCGUUUACCUCCUACGGGAGGACGACACCUUCCGCAAGUUCUCCUACCUGCCCUUCGUGCCCACACGGGGUGACUACUACGACUGCCGGGUGGAGCAUUGGGGGCUGCCCAAGGCCCUGCUCAAGCACUGGGAGCCCCAGGUGCCGCUGCCCGCGUCCGAGAGCACCGAGACGCUGGUGUGCGCCCUGGGCCUGGCCGUGGGCAUCGUGGGCAUCGUGGCGGGCACCGUCCUCAUCAUCAAGGCCAUGAAGAUGAACAGCGCCCGCAACGCGCGGGGCCCCCUGUGAGCGGGCAGAGCCCUUGGCUUCCUCAUGGCCCCAUAGCCCGA